AUAUAAACAAGGCAGAGUUCCUCUAACAGCCCUGCGCUUUCCUGCAGCCAGAAAGCAUCCAGCACCAUGGACUCAAGGAGAUGGAUGCUGGCUCUAUGCUUCUUCUUAGGUUUGGCUUUUAGGGCGGGUGAAUCUAUGGGAACACCUGAGUCUCAGAAAUAUAUUUGCAAGACAUAUGGCAGCGGAGUCAUCCAGGCUUUCAAAGGUUCACUUUUCUAUGUGCGCUCAAACUGUCCGUUCACCUUCGCCCGCUUCACCCACAAACGAGUCAAGUGUGACAUCACCAUACGGCGAGGACCGAAUAGUUUGGUAAACCUAAUCGAGAUUAUCAUCAACAAGGUCAAGACCGUAGUGCAGAAUGGAACCAUCCUGGUAGAGAAGAAAAGGGUUUCCCUUCCAUAUGACCACACCUACCAGCACAUAUAUCAAUACGGCAUCUACACCAGACUGAGGAGCUCAUUACUCCCUCUCUCAGUCACCUGGCACACAGUAGCAGGAGGACUUGACAGUGUUUGGGUUGAACUAGAGCAAAAGCUGAGCUCUGACUUGAGUGGACUUUGUGCAAUACAUAAGACAGCAGGCGAUAUUCAGCAGCUGGUGAGAAAUUGUCUGAUUUCUGACAACACCUGCUACAUUCAGGACCUCAACCCUCGCCCCAACUUGCUGUGCAGAGACUUCUUCUCACACACGCUCGACUGUCUAAAUUUCCAAACACCCAACUACAUCGCCCUCUGUGAUGAAAACCUUUACACCUUUGAAGGCAACAGCGACAUUGCAUGUGCUUUCUUCAAAGAGAUUGCACUGCUAUGUGGAAAAAGGAGCCAUAUUUGGGACAAGUGGAGGACCAUAGCCAACUGUGCUCCACAAACGUGUCCAGGUGACCUGGUUUACAUCGAGGAGGGUUCUCCUUUUGUGCCCAGCUGCUCAAACCAGGACCCCAGAUUCACCACCCUGGAGACCACAAGCUCCUGUGUCUGUCCUGCAGAUGCGGUGCUGAAUGAUCACACUGAUGGAUACCAGUGUGUGGGUGUCCACAACUGUCCAUGUGUAUUCAAUGAUCAGAUCUACUCUCCUGGAGGGAUACGCACCACCAGAUGUCAAACAUGUCAGUGUGAUAGUGGGAAGUGGCAUUGCUCUGAAAACUCCUGCCCAUCCAGAUGUCUCAUUGAAGGACAGUUUGUGACAACAUUUGAUGGCAAACAGUAUGCAGUUCCUGGUAAAUGCACAUACAUGGCAUCGCAGGACUCCAACUGGUCUAUUGAAAUUGAGUUUUCUAAAACUCGACCAUCAUUGAAGGCAGUACGUGUACAGAUUUUACAGGAAAUAUUUACGUUCACACUAAGCAAGGUCACAGUUGGAGACCAAGAGAUUACUGAGCUCUACCAAUCUGAUCUAGCACUGAUUUUCUGGCAGUCCUCAAUGUAUGUAGAAGUAAGUACAACCGUUGGUGUAGCGCUUGGAGUCCAGGUGUUUCCUGAGCUCCAGCUGUCAAUCACACCCACAAAGACUACUGGCCAGAUCUCAGGUCUUUGUGGAAACAGGAACAAUGAUACCACAGAUGACUUCACUACCAGCAGCGGGAUCAUCGAGAGCUCCGCCAAGCUAUUUGCUCUAUCCUGGAGUUUAGGAUAUUGUUCAGGGGAUAUCCCAAAUGUUUGCAUCAAUACUGACAAUGAAAUAUUUGCAGAUGAGAAGUGCUCUGUAUUGUAUGAUUCAAAUGGGAUAUUUGCCAAGUGCCACGGCCACAUUCCGACUGACCAGUACCAUGACGCUUGCAUCCAGAAAACAUGCAACUGUGGGAAUAAUCUACUGCAAUGCCUGUGUUCUUCUUUGGGAAGUUAUGCUAAAGCGUGUGCUAAUGUGGGUAUAGAACUUGGCAACUGGAGGAGAGCCACCAACUGCACUGUGAAAUGUCCAACGAACCAGGAGUUCUCCUACAAUGUCCGGGCAUGUAAUAAUACGUGCCUUUCGCUGUCCGGGUAUGAUCCUCGCUGCGAGCUGGACAGCCCUCCAGCAGAGGGAUGUGGCUGUCCAGAGGGAACCCAUCUGAACCAAGACGGAACCUGCGUCCCAAAGGGGCAAUGCAUGUGUUAUCACAGUAGGGGUGUUACACCACCAGGACCUGUAGUUAUUGAUGGGCGACAAUGCCUUUGUAAGGAUGGAAAACUCCACUGCUCCAAGGACUGCGGUUGCAGAAAUGGGAAGGUUUGUGUUCACUGCUCAGAGUUUGAAGUCAACACAGCUCAGAAAACCUGUGACAGUCUCAAUAAACCUUUGGGUGCUAAUGUGAGCUGCGAGAGUGGCUGUUACUGCCCUCUGGACCAAUAUGAGGAUCACAAUGGGAGAUGCGUUCCCAGAAAUAAUUGCACCUGUAUGUACAGUGGCAAAGUGUUCAGUGCUGGAGAGUUUGUCAAAACCAACUGUAAAACAUGUACCUGUAACCAGGGCCAGUGGAGCUGCAAAGAUGAGGAGGCGUGCUCAGGGAAGUGUCAGGUUUAUGGAAAUGGACAUUACCAGACUUUUGAUUCUAAAUGGUUUCGCUUUGAUGGACACUGUCAGUACACACUGGUAGAGGAUUACUGCGGGAACAGAAAUGGUUCCUUUUCUGUCCGAGUGGAGAGUGUGCCCUGCUGUGAUGAAGCCCUCACCUGUUCUCGUACAAUUAUUCUAGAUCUGGAGGAUAAAGUCACGCUAACACUGAGUGAUAUGAAAGUCACCAGACACCUCAAAAGUGGUUGGACUUUGGAGCAAGAGCCCCUUUACAAGACGCACACUGUGGGACUGUAUAUAGUAGUCUCUGUGCCAAGCAAAGGUCUAACUCUCAUUUGGGACAAAAACACAAGGAUCACCAUAGAACUCCAUCCUGACUGGAGGAACAAAGUCUGCGGUCUCUGUGGCAACUUCGACUCCAAUGAGAUGAACGACCUUCAGAUAAUUGGCUCAGCUGUGGUGAGCAGUCCACUAGCUUUUGGAAACAGUUGGAAGAUCAGCACUCCUCCUUGCUCUGAUGUGACCACUGAGAUAUUUCCAUGCGAACGUCACUCCUAUUGUUCUGCAUGGGCCCAGCGGCGCUGUAUGAUCAUUAAAGGAGACACAUUCAGGGACUGUCAUUUAACGGUGGAUCCAGAGCCCUACUACCAAGCCUGUGUGCAUGAGUCAUGUUCCUGUGAGUUUGAAGGAAAGUUCUUGGGUUUCUGCACAGCAGUGGCUGCCUAUGCAGAGGCCUGCAGUGAUCUGGAUGUUUGCAUUAACUGGAGGACACCUGAUUUGUGCCCUGUCUACUGUGACUACUACAAUGAGCAAGGCCAGUGUAGGUGGCACUAUGAAUCCUGUGGAAGGAUACUGACCUGUGGAACUCCCAACCAUUCUAAUCAAAAGUUGGAAGGCUGUUACCCAAGAUGCCCUAAGGAAUCUCCAUACUUUGAUGAGAAUACUGGCAGAUGCACUGAAUUGAGAAACUGUUCCUGCCUUUUCAAUGAAACAAUUGUCCCACCAGGAGAAGGAGUUAUUAUAGACUUCAUUUUAUGUACUUGUGAAAAUGGAACAGUCAUUUGCCCUCCUCCAACAACUUCAGCCACACUGACAACGACUGCAACAGGGGACUACUCUUUCUCCAACUACAACUUCUUCAACUGCAACGCCAAGCACUACUAUUUCUACAUCAGCAACAACAACAUCUUCGACUGCAACCCUCGGAACUACUGUUUCUACACCAUCAUCUACAAUUUCUUUGACCUCAACGCUGAGAGAUACUGUUUCCACACUUGCAGCCACAACUUCUUUGACCUCAACACUGGGAACUACAGUUUCUACAGCACCAUUUACAACUUCCUCAACCUCAGCGCUGAGAGAUACUGUUUCCACACUUGCAGCCACAACUUCUUUGACCUCAACGCUGGCAACUACAGUUUCUACACCACCAUCUACAACUUCCUCAACCUCAGCGCUGAGAGAUACUGUUUCCACACUUGCAGCCACAACUUCUUUGACCUCAACACUGGGAACUACAUUUCUACACCACCAUCUACAAGUUCUUCAACCUCAACACUGGGAACUACAGUUUCUACACCACCACCUACAAGUUCUUCAACCUCAACGCUGGGAACUACAGUUUCUACACCACCAUCUACAAGUUCUUCAACCUCAACGCUGGGAACUACAGUUUCUACACCACCAUCUACAGCUACUCUAACCUCAACGCUGGGAACUACAGUUUCUACACCACCAUCUACAACUACUUUAACCUCAACGCUGGCAGAUACUGUUUCCACACCUGCAAUCACAACUUAUUUUACUUCAACACAGGGGAAUACUAAUUCUACAACUACUUCAACCUCAACUCUAGGUACCAGUGUUUCUAUUCCUGAAACUACAAUCUCUUUAAGCACAGCAAAGGGUUCUACCAUUUCCACAGAGCAAACCACAACAGCUAAUAUAAUAACUAAAUUACCGUUGACGACAACAGAGCCCUCUACAGAUAGCCAAAAAGACUGCGUCUGCAAAGACCUGAAGCUGAAAAAAGAAUGGGCUUGUGGUGAAACUUGGACAGAGGACUGUUUCAUCAAGACCUGUGUAAAUCAAAAAAUAGAGUUGACCCCCGUGGUUUGUCCGGAGCUUGUUAUUCCUGAAUGUCCCAGGGGUCAAUUAAUAAAGAUCUCUGAUGGAUGCUGUGAAACGUGGAGGUGUGACUGUCGCUGUGAGCUCUAUGGAGACCCACACUACAUUUCUUUCAGUGGAGUAACUUUUGAUUUCCUGAAAGACUGCACCUACACCCUCGUGGAAGAGCAAUCCCCACAGCAUCACCUGGCCAUUGUGGUGGACAAUUUCUACUGUGCACCAUCACUCCCAGGCUCCUGUGUUAAAGCUGUUAUUGUGAAAUAUCAGAACAACACAGCUAAACUUACUAUCACCACACAUCCUGUUGGUAUCAAGGCCACUCUGAAUAACAAGAUCAUUAAGCCACCCUUUAAGGCGCAGGGGAUGAUGUUUGAAACCACAAACUACAAAGUGUCAAUCGUCCUUCCUGAGAUCCGAUCCUUUGUCUCUCUCUCCCCGUCUUUCACGCUAGUGGUCAGCCUGGCCAUGGAGCUUUUUGUCAACAACACCCAAGGACAAUGUGGUGUGUGUGGUGGUGCAUCAUGCAUCCGUAGAGGAGGCCAGAUUGAGGACGACACCUGCUGUGAUAAGACAUCCUAUGACUGGCUAUACUAUGACCCUUUGAAGCCGGAGUGUUUUUCCGCACCGGUCGAUGUACCGUGUGUCACCGAUGAUCCCCCGGAACCCACUGGACCCCCACCUACCUGUGUACCAAACUCAUUAUGCCAACUGCUUGAACACCCGGUGUUUACUAACUGCAGCAAAUAUGUCAAUAUGACUAUCAUAAAGAAGAGUUGUGAAUUUGAUUCGUGCACAACCCUAAAUGCUUCCUGCUCUUCUUUGGAACAAGCAGCAAAGGAAUGUAAAAAUGCUGGUUUCUGUGUUGACUGGAGAGAACUGACUAAUGGAAGUUGUGAUGCGGAAUGUCCCAAGGGAUUGAUUUAUAAGGAAUGCCAAGAUAAAAAAGAUGACUUCUGUUUUGGAGGAGUCGUUAACUCAGGGCCCAGUCUGGUUCAGACCAGCUCCGGAUGUUUCUGCCCUCCAGGACUUAUCAGGGCAGGAAGCCACUCAAAUGUUUGUGUGAAUCAAUUUCCUUAUUGUAAAGGACCACUCGGGGAGCCUAAGUUUCCUGGAGAGGUUUGGGAGUCUGAUUGCCACCUGUGUAUAUGUAGUAAUCAGACCUUCGCUGAGGAGUGUGUUCCAAAACCUGUUUUACCAUUGCCAGUCUGUUCCCCAAAUGAAACCUUGGUGAACACCACUUGUUGUGGUGAUCCGAUUUGUGUUGAGAAGACCUGCAGCUAUCAUGGAACCACAUACAGGUUGGGAGACACAUGGAAAGACCUGAAAGAACCCUGCUUGUCCUUCGUCUGCACUGAGGAGGGGAUCCAGAGUGAAUCUGUCUGUCCAACAGAGAUUUGUCCUGAGGGUAAAAGGAAGAACCAAAGCUGCUGCUUCACCUGUAACCAGACCUGUGCACCCAAGCUGUCCAAAAUGAACGUCACUAUUAAUGAGUGCUCCACUGUCAUCGAAGUACCUCUGUGUGAGGGCCACUGUCCGUCCAAGCCCUGGAUAUCUUUAGGCGAAUACCUGCAUGUGGAGCAGGACUACAGCUGCUGCCAGGCGCAGAGCUCAGAGUUCAGAGAGCUGGAGGUGGAAUGCUCUGAUCUCACUACCAGGAGAUAUACCUACAAGCAUGUGAAUAGCUGUGAAUGUAGAGCUUGUGGUGCACUCUGAGAAGCAACCACAAUCAAUGUAUUUGCACCUUCAACUUUGAUUCUAUUAUACUCCAAUUUAACUGAUCAAUGAUGGAAAUGUUUGUUACUGAAAAGAAUCUUUUUAUCAAGAAAUUACUAAAUAAUCUUUAAAUCACAAGAGAAAGAAUCAUUUAUUGUGUUUUCCUGCAUUGAAGUGUUCAAUGUAUUCAAAAUGGCCCAUUUAAGGGUGUUUUUUUAAACCUUCUAUUUCAACAAAUACAAAAAAACUAUAUGCAAAAUGUAAUGCAUUUGUUUAAUAAAUACAACAAUAAAAGGAAAACGUGUUU